AUGAAGCUGUUCGCCGCUCUCACCACCCUCCUGGCGUUGGCCAUCGCCUCGCCCGUCGAGGUCGCCAUCAAGAAGGACGACGCCCUCGAAAAGCGCGACACUGAGAUCGUCUACCUCGUCAACUGCCGCCAUCUGACCUCGUGCUGCGGCCCCGAGACGCACUCCUCGCACAUUGCCUACUACGCCGCCAGCGGCCAAUCCCACAACGGCGAGACCCCCGCCAACGACAACGUCUGCACCGUCGACAGCAGCAACUACGCCUGGUGGGAGCAGGACGGAAAGAAGUGCACCUUCCCGACUGGCGUCACUUUUACUUCGCACAUCGACUCGGAUGCUCAGAGCCGCCCGCUCUACUCCUGGUCUGGCUGGGGCUCCAACGGCUUCAAGAACUGGGACUGCUACCGGGAUGAUGGCCACAAGCUGUAUGAGUACAGUGGCCCUGAGUGGGCGACGGUGUGCAGCUCGGUGUACUACUGCAAGCCGCAGUAA